AUGCCAACAGUAGAAGAUUAUUUCGACGAUGACACCGAUAUCCCUUUACCAUCUUCUUCCAAACCCCGAGCAUUGCCUGACACAGGACUAAAAGGAGCCUUGUUGGAGGAGAUUUCCGAUGACGACGACAACGAUAUGGAUUUCUCAAAACUGGCCGAACAAUCACGAGGGGUAUUUGGUGAAGGGGCGAAAGCUCCUCCACCGGGAUCGGGAUCUGGGAAUGGCAAAGGUAAAUUAGUUCAAAGAGAUGAUGAUGAAUUAAGACCUGUGCAAAGUGCUGGACCAGGAGGUGGAGGACCAGGUGUGAAUCCUAAUACACCGAUGGGUGGGUUUAUGGGUGAUAUGAUGAAAUUGCAAGCUGCAGAAGAUGAAAGAUUAGAAAGAUUAAAGAAACAAUUUGGUAAUGCUCAUGUAGCUAGUGAUCCAAGUGUAUACAAAGGAUGGAACACAGUUUAUCCUUUGUACUUCGAUGCGAAAGUAUCGAUCAACGAUGGAAGAAGAGUACCCAGAAAAAGUUCAGUAUGGUGGCCUCAAGCUACUCAAAUUGCUCAAGCUUGUAGAGUUUUAGGUCUACCUAGUGUGUUGGAGCCUGACAGAUGUCAUCCUGCAGAUUGGGAAAAUCCAGGACGUGUCAAAGUUCAAAUCAUGAAAGAAGGGAAAUUCGUGAAUCCCAUCAUCAAAAAUAGAACACAAUUAUAUAAACAUUUAUCUGAUCAAAUUCGACAACGAAAUCCCACUAUAAUAUUCAAUCCAUCAUCCGCACCUUCCAAACGAUCAAUCAAACCUUCAACUUCCACUACAACAGCACCUUCUUCAUCCAGUAAAAAAGGUAGCGGUAAAGGAAAAUCAAAAUCAAAAUCAAAUUCAAAUUCAAAUUCGAAACAAAUGGUUAAACAAUCUACUAAAGUCGUUUUACCUCCUCCUAAAUUACCUACGAGACCACCCCUUGCACCUCAACCUAUCCCAACUUUAGAUGAUAGGUUACCAUUACAUUCUCCAGUGGUACCUGCUGGUGUAGCUGUAGCCGCCAUAAAGAGAGAUAAAGAGAGUGAAAAAGAAGCAAAGAAGCAGGGAUUGAGUAUCGCAGGUGGUGAAGAAAGCACAAAAGAUAAAGCGCCGAAGAUGAAGAGAGUUGUCGUGAGAGGAAAGAGAUAA